GUAACGACACGCCGCUGUCUACAGUCUACAGGGGCUAGACAGUUUUAAUUUAUUCAAAGGAAACAUUGCAUACGAAGAACAAUCUGUGUGUGGAAAAUAGUGUUUCGAUUGGAAAAUUAACGACCCAUUUCGAUCGGAAAAUGGUUGACCAUUCGAUAUUAGUGGAAAAUCAGUGAACAAAACGAAUAGUUUAUCGUAAAAGCAAGCAUGUAACACCGUUUUCGAAUAGAAAAAAAUUGCAACAAUUUUGACGCAAUCUUAUAAUUUCAUACGGAAAAUUGUGUGCUUCAGUGUUUGUGUGUGUGCGAAGAGAGCUCGGUCGUACAUUGUCGGCGGAACAUCGGUUCGGCUUUGUGUCGUCUCUCCAAGUUUUAUAUUAAUAAAUUUUUUUUUUGUUAUAAAAUCCGAAAAUAUCUUGCAUGUAUGCGGGCAAAAUAUAUACAACUCGAAUCGGAAUGAGAUAUCGUAGUGCAUGUGUUUGUAUGGCAGAGAUGGUAAGGUUAGCAAAUUUCAACAGACAUUUACAGACAUUUAUUCAGUGAGUGGUGUCGUAAAAGAGCACAACACAAAGAGUUUGAGGCUUUACAAAAAAAAGAAAAAGAAAAAAAAAAAACUAAAAUGGUGUAUUAUUACCAGUGAGUGUUUUGUCUAUUGAAAUUAAUUGAGAAUCAUUUGCGAUAGACAUAUAUAUGUAUCAACCGCUGGACACACGGUGAGACGAAAGAAAAGAUCGAAACAAUUACAAAAAUUAAAGAUUCUGGGUAAAUAAAAAAAAUUAAUAUUUCGAAUUAAAAAAGUUGCGUAAGUAGUGCGAGACAAGUUAGUGCCAAGAAAAUUUAAAUCGGCUUGCACCCAGAAUAGUUUAUUAUACAGUUAAUAUAUACACACAUCCACCAGUCAGUGUUUUAAAAUGAAUAUAAUAAAAUUGUUCCAAUAUUUCGGUGUGCUGCAGUGAUUUUAUAAUUUUGAAUAUUUUUCGGGAACAAGUGUCCUGAGCUCUCCGAUGAUAAUUCAAAACGUGAAUUAAAUUAUUUAUAUGUAACAUGAAAGAUAUGUGUAUAUAUAUCGGGGCCCAGCAAAGAAGAAUCAAUGUGCAAAGUGGAUUAAAGUGUUUUUAACAAGUUAAAUAAACUUGAUCAGAGAAGUGAAAUAAAUGCUUCAAUAAAAAUUCUUAAAUAGAAAGAAAAGAAAGAAUUUAUUUUGAAGAGCCAUUGCACCAACACAAUAUAGCCACACAUACAGUACUCGCAGUUCUAUACUAUUAUGACAAUAUGGCAUUAGUUUCAAAACUGAAUGUUUUAGCGAAUUGUUGUUCCGAAAAUAUUAAAGAUUUAUUGCAUAGUCUCAGUAAAUUAAUAAGUUAAAUUUAGCAAUUGACGAAAUAGUUUAAUAUUUAGAUUAGUUAAAUGACGGUUUGUUUGUGACUAUUAAAGCUUUAAUUGUGUAAUUUUGUCAAUAAAACUUAAAGAGUGAAGCCGAUAAAAAUAUUUAAUGUUAUGAAAAUGACGGAGUUUGUGACACCGCAACUUCGUACAGUAUUGAAGACCUAUCAAGACACAGCGACAAAAAGCCUACAGGGACCGGGAUUACUGUCGUUGGUCCAUCCGCUGAAAAAAGAAGUCGUAUCGCCCGACUUGAACGAUGAACCGCUGGUAACGCUGCCACCCAUGCCGCCGGAAAUACCGCAACCAAUUCUAUCGGCUGCAGACACAGGACGCGGUGUCUUAUACGAAACGGUAUUGGAGGGGAAACCGAUCGGUUGCUUUCUGCUGGGCGGCGAGAUGCGUUUAUGCAUACCGCAAAUACUGAACAAUGUUUUGACCAAUUUUUCACUAGAACAAAUCAACGGCAUUUUUGACAAGCAACGAAUCUUCUGUUCGCAAUGUACACCCGAACAAUUGAAUCAAUUCAAAGCGGCGAAAAUUCUACCAGAAGAUGUGAAUACGUCCGGUUUGAUAACGCGUACCAAUGCGGAACGCUUGUGCAGUGCACUGUUGCAUCGGCCGGAGAGACGUUUCAUUCAGAAAGAUGCGUUAUCGUUUCGCGUUUAUCACCGGUGUUUCGGCAAAUGUGAAGGCAUUUGUACGCCCGAAUUGUACAUACCAAAUGAACCGGCGUGUAUUGAAUGUUUAGAGUGUCGCGGUCUGUUCUCACCGCAGAAAUUUGUGUGCCAUGUUCAUCGACAGGAAAAUAGUACGCUGCACUGGGGCUUCGAUUCAAACAAUUGGCGCGCCUAUCUGCAUGUUAGCUACGACGAGGAGGCACGCGAAGAAUAUUCGAAAGUGUUGGAUAAGCUUCGCGAUCGACAGCUGCAAGAUCCGAUUGGUCAUUUGAAUUCACAACGGGAUGUUUGUACAAUUAAACGAAAGGCUGACAUGGAAGACUCGCUGCUGGCAGCCACGUGCAAACAAGAGCCUUUAGACAUUCCUCUGAAAAAAGCUAAACAAAUCGACGAAUCAUAUCUGCUUGACUAUCAGUACCAAACAAUGAUAUUGGCCCAGUACCGUCAUCCGUUUGCAUUUCGACCGUGGCAAUUAGGACCGAAGCACAUACCACCACACAUGGCAUUUGCACCGAAUCUACCAUAUUUAAUUCAGGAGCCGCCGAUUCUGCAAAAUCCGGAACGCGUUGUACGGUUAUCGGAAUGCGAACGAUUCGAGCGUACGUUUCAACCGAACGUUGCGCUAGCACCGCGUAAAGUAACAUCGGCCAGCAAUAGUAAUAACACGAAUAGUGAUCGGGAGAAGCAACGAAUAUAUUCGGCCAAUAUUCAAAUUAAGCAAGAACAACCGCCAUCCGUGUCGCCAGAAUUACGUGUCGCUUCGCCGAUCAACCAAACAUCACCGCCGCCAAUCAGUCCGGAAGGACACUCAGGGUCUAAUGAAAUCACCUCAUCCACAUCGCCAGUACCUGCAACAUCUCACAAACCAUCACACGAUACCGAACCAAUUGAGUCAAUCGAUAAUCACCGGACACAAUCGCAACCGUUAAGCGUUCUCACCAACGGUGCGAAUGUCACAUUGACAACCAAUUCCGAAUUAGAAUUAUCUACCGACACAGAUGACGAUGACAGCUUAAUUGGAGAACCGGACAGUAGCAAUAACAGUGCCUCUUGGGACAUUGCCGUCGAGGCAUUGAAAGAUACCAAAACUCAAGAGCGCGAAAAAGUAUUACAAAUCAUCAAAACGCUGGUGAACGAAAAUGCACAACUUAAUCUGGAGAACAGCAAACUGCUGCACGAAUUGCGGCGCAAAGACGAACAACUGGCCGAACUGCAGCAUCAACUGCAAAACCAACAACAGAACCAAUUGCAGCAAGUGACAAUACGACCGGUCGAACCGUCUUCCAUUAUGGUGGACAUUGUCAAUCGAACGUUCCGCACAUCCGACAAAUCGGACACCGAUGUGAUACGAAUGCCGCUGAAGAAGUCGAUGCGACGAAGUCCGGACGGAUCAUCGGUGGUCAUAAUGCAAACGAAUAAAGUUCGGGAUGGUGAUGGCGGUGAUGCGAACAAACACGAAUGCAUAACACGAUUCGAUGCAUCGCUGCAAAAUGGUAAAAUGUUAGAAUUAGUUCAAACGGUAGAUGGUUGAGAGUGGAUUCGAUGAGCGAAUGAGAUGAACAAUUUUUUUUUUUUGGUUUUUUUAAAUUGCAUAUAGCGG